AUGAGCCCAGCCGCGCCCGGACAGGCCCAGGACGUUCCGCCGGUAAUAUUGAAAGGAACCAUUGACAACAAACUUUCCUACCUGACUGAACCUUACCAGUCACUCACUCGCUCAAAUCACUCUCCCUCCCUCGCUCACCCUGAACCACACCCGGAUGGAGCCAUUCUCCCGGUCCAACCACCCCCAAAUCCAAUCCCUCGACGCCUGAUCAACGGCAACGUGGUUGACAGGGCUCGUCCAGGCGCCCAAGCUGUUUCCGUUCCACCUUUGGCGCUUCCCACGGUCGAGGGGGGCGACUCGGAGCUUUCCCUCAUUCCAGUCAUUUCCCUUUCCCCCUUCAAUAUCCUACCAGAUGAGACGAGAUAUGGACAUAAUUUACCUCGUCUCGCCCGACAAAUAGAAUCGUCCAGACCCUCUUCUGCAGAUGGACUUGACCCGAAAAGGGCCAGAAUCAAUGGUGCCAGAAAACCGGUUAGCCCUCCCAGAAUCCCUUUUGGGUCUAGUCGCUCCGCCGUAUUGUUUAUCCAAUCUCUCACUGCCUUUUUCGCUGGGGAUUUGCUGAUUGCCCCCUUUGGCAGCUUCUCAGGAAACAAAACAAAUGUCACUGUACUUUACACCGUACUUCUGUUCUGUGCCUUCUCCACAUCCUUCCCUCCCUCCUUUUUAGAUUUUUUUUUUUUCUAA